AUGGAGGUAAUUCAUGGCAGGCCCUACUGUUGUAGGGAGCUUGAAGGAGCUGACCUCCUGUCAGAUACCUUUUAUUCUAACGAGCUGCACACUCCACUCGAAACGACUAUUCGUCCAACUGCUUCAGAAGACAGUUAUCAGGACAUGAGGGAGUCACUGCCACAAUGCAGGCUUCCAUGGGGUGCCGAAAGAGAAUAUGGUGGCAUUGUCCCAGUUGCCCUUCCUGAAGAACACAGGCCAAAGUGUGAGCCUCCCCUCGUCAUGAGCAAAGGACAUCAGCACUAUGGAUUUGGUGGGGAGACCUGGCCAAAAAAUCUUCCUAUUGAACAGUUCUACUAUUUGACACAAAACAAGAAAAGUGAUGUCUAUGGAAAUGAUUCUUUGUUACCCAAACCACCUAAUUCAACAGUGGGAGAAAUCUGCUCAUCGUAUCCAAUUGAACAUCCCUACCAUACACACACAAGCCGUGGUGCCAUGUUUCCGACCUUCACCUCACCUAAGGACCUCUACACUGGUGUUAAAGCUCGCAGCCAGCAGCCUUUUCCUCCUACCGUACCAAGCAAAGCCUACGACAUGAUGGUUUUGAAGACAAGAGGUAACCCCUACAGAUAUGAACUGCAUGAUAUUCCCAUGGAUUCAAAGAGAAAAGCAUUGUGUUGGCCAGGUCAGGGUGUAUAUUAUGAUUUUCCUAAAUGUUCUGAAAAAAACAAGCCAAUAUUCUACCCCAAACCUCCUAAAACCUUUGCUCCUAACCCAUCUGUGAGCCCAUGGGAUACUGUAGAGUCUGCAAAAGAAGCCAAUAUACAAAGAAACCUUGAGAGGUCCCACUGGAUCACUUCAUACAAUCAUGAUUUUACAGGUACAGGGCCCAUGAGCCCCCUUGAACUGGAUGAUUACCGUGAAAAGGAGGUAGCAGAUCUAGCUGGACAAAUAGGAUUUGACCCACAGCCUCAAGAAAAAUUCCAUACUGCCUUAAAACCUGCCAGACCUUUGGAAGGUCGAAUUGCACGGCUCCUUCAGAAACAACGACCUCUGGAGGCUAUGGAGGAGCAACGACGACCUUCCUGUCCAGACUGUACUCCUAAAGCCGUGUGUGCAUUCCACAGAUUCAUACCCAGUUCUAUAGAAAUGUUGGCAAUGAAGGAUAACUUCCUGCCUGGGAGGACCCAUAAAAAACAGGAUAUCGAAGAGAAGAUUAAGGAAGAGCAAAGCUUGAUAUCUACCUAUCAAUUCCCUACUUCUUAUCCAGCAAAAGAUAUGAAUAGUCUUUAUGACCUAAAAACAUUUCCAAAAAUCACAGACACUAAGAAGACAGAUGAUUUGUACCGGAGACAGCUGGCGUUGAAACCCUUACCUGUAUCCUACUCUAAGUCAAAUCAUUACAUUAACUAUGACCAACUUAAAUCCGCCUUCCGUGACCCAUAUACAAGAUGUCAAAACCCUGCUCGCCUCAGUAAGUCUAAUAUUCUACAAAACAAAAGUGAUAUAGAUUUCAAUAUUGACAGGUUCUUAAGUAAACGAGAAUUUGUGGGCAUGGACAGGGAAAGCCGUGAAGAAAGAAGACCUAUUUUGGGAUGGAUUUCUAGAGCUGAAGCGUCUGAGCCUCAGACCAACCUGCUAGAUCUUAGGAAAUCAUUUUCAAAGUCCAUGGCACACAAGCGUUUGCACAGCUCCAUCCGAGAAGAACAAAAAGACCUCAGGGAUAAACUGCACUCUGGGAUGAGACAUCAGUUCUAUGGCCAUAAUGCCCAUUAUUUCUAUAAUUGA